GACUCAGCCUGCCGAAACCUUCCUUGAGUGUUUACAUGAAGAACUCGGGCGAGGCAUCACAGGACCCACCUUACCUCUGCCCACCACUGCCCCUCUCUCCUUAACUACGCUGUCUAACCCCGGGGAGUGCCACAUAGCUAGCCACCUCAGAGGGGAGUGACAUUCCAAAGUAGAGAGGCACAGAACAAGCAGCUUGUCUCGUGUGCUUGCUCCUGUUGAGCUGAGAACCAAGAGAGCGGUACUGAGGCGGGGAAUGUAAAGAGAAGAGAGAUGUGAACCAGAAGGAUGUGUCAAGAUUGUGUCAAGGAGGAGUUUCCAGACAGGGGCACAGUGUGCCUGGACUCGGGGGCUUACCUUGCUAACUUGGCCGGGUGUCAGGGCUGUGGGCACAAGGACACGCUGAGGGAAGCCAACAAGACAACAUCCCCCUCCCAUGCUGCCCAGGAGGUGACUGAGUAUGACCACGUGUGUGGGACGUGUAGCCAUGUGGUAGCCAGACACGUGCACACCUUCUGGCUGGAGGACGACUAUCAGCAGUAUGAGAUGAGCUGCCUGCUGUGUGGUGAGGCUGAGGACUCCCGCUCCUGCCUCCCUCACGACCCACGCCUUGAGGCUGCACUCUUCUGAGGACCCAAUCCUGCCUCACCACAGCUUUACUUUAUACCUUCACCCUGUAGAUAUAUAGCACACCCUGUCUUACUGCCACACUCUAGCCUCACCCAGUCUCACUGUCACAUCCUUGCCUUUCUGCCUUACUGCCUUACCCUGUGGGGUAAGGCAGUAUUUUUGUAUUUUCAUCCUUCCUCACUGUCUCUCUGCCUCACUGUUUUACCCUGUAGCAUUUCUCUAUAGCCUCACCCUGUAUCUUCACCCUGCUUUAUCCUGUCUCACCUUGUUUCACCCUGUAUCCACAUCCGAUACCCUCACCCUUCCAUACCCUGCCUGACCCUAAAGCCUCAUCCUUUCUCAGUCCAUAUUCCUAUUCUCAGCCUCACUCUUAUCUAUAGCAUCACUCUUACACCCUGUAGCCUAAUUCUGCCUCACUUUAUCUCACCCUAAAGACAAAAAAUGCUCUCCAUUCCUCACACAUCCUUCCUCACCCUCAGCAUAUACCCUCACACCCUGCAUUGCCACUCUUAGUACACUCUUACUUACUUUUUUUUUGUCAGUUUGCCACUUUCCUAUUCAAGUGGGUUUCCAAGAUUCAGCUUUCCAGUCUCAUCAACAACUGGUCUUAUGUCUCCUAUGUAUAUGUGCCGUGCCUGUCCAUCUGUCACAAGAACAUAGAGGAAUCCACAAGAAGCCACAAAACCUACACAUGACAGUCCCUGUGAAGUCUUCCCUGCUGGCACCUACAGAGAAAUUUGUGUUUGUGUUGUGCCUACGGUAGUCUCCUGCAGAAGGCUGAGGCCCAAUGCGGUCACUGCUUGCUGGGAAUCACUGUGAAGGAAACUAAUUAAGAAAAGAUUGUGUACAUAAGGAAAGUUUCAAUAAUACACACUGAGGCAAGGAUAAGGAGAAAAUGAGAAAAGUAUUGUACUCGGAGUAACAUGCAUUGAGACUGGAAGACAAAUAAAAGAAAGAGAGAGAGAGAGAGAAAAAAAAACUAUUGUAUUUGGAUUGACUGAUGCAUUGAGACAGAUACAGAUAAAGAAAAAAAAAGCUAUUUCACUUAGAUUAACUGAUUCAUUGAGGCAGGAAUACAGAUAAAAGGAGAAGAAAAAAAAACUAUUGUAUUUGGAUUGGCAAAUACAUUUAGACAGGAACACUGAAAAACAACUCUUGUACUUUGAUUGACUAAUUAGAAAUAUAUCUAGCACCAUAACUAUGAAAAACAACAGCUGUACUUUGAUUGAUUAGAAACACAUCUGGCACCACAACUAUGAAAAACAACAACUGUACUUUGAUUAGAAACACAUCUAGCACCACAAUCCUUGUCACCAACUUGUGGCUCUGAAUGUACUUCUCUGUGCUAAUGUGAAUAAAAGUUACAAAUUUGAAACAGCAA